AAACUGAUCUAUGCGUCGCCAGACACAAAUUCAACCGUCCCAAAUGGAGCUGCUGCCGCAGCGUCUCUCGCCCCUUGUUGUCCUCUUGCUUGCAACACCAUUGUUCGUCGGUGCACCGUCGCUGGCAGACGAUGCCACGUCCAGCCUCCACCCUGUCGUGCUGGUGCCGGGCAACACCUGCGCCCAGCUCGACGCGCGGCUCACCGACGAGUACGAGCCCCCGACGCCGGGCUGCGGCAUGCCCAAGCAGGGGCGCGGGUGGUUCCGGCUGUGGGACAACUUCACCGCGCUGCAGGAGGACCCCGCGCUCCUGCCGUGCCACGCCGACCAGCUGCGGCUGGUGUACGACCCCGUCGCCGGCGACUACCGCAACAUGCCGGGCGUCAAGACUCGGGUCGUGUCCUUCGGCUCCACCCGUAGCUUCCGCUUCGACGAUCCUGCACGGAAGAACGUGUGCAUGGAAGGGCUCGUCGACGCGCUGGAAGGGGUCGGGUACAGGGAGGGAGCCAACCUGUUCGGCGCACCUUACGACUUCCGACAUGCGCCGGCCGCACCGGGCAUGGCGUCCAAGGUGUUCUCCGACUUGAGCUCCAGCUUCAAGCUGCUCGUGGAGCGCGCGAGCGAGAGGAGCGGGAACAAGCCGGUCAUCCUCGUCACGCACAGCAUGGGCGGCUUGUUCACCAUGGUGUUCCUCGACCGGACCCACCUGGCGUGGCGCAGGAGGUUCGUCAAGCACCUUGUCAUGCUCUGCCUCGGCGCGGGGGGCUCGCCGCUGAACAUGUGGCCCCUCGCCUUCAACGCGGCGAGCCCUCCGUCAUCGCUGCCGGGCACCGUGCUGACGUACGGGAACAGGAGCUUCGCGAGCAUGUUCUCCCUCCUACCGUCCCCGAAGGUGUACGGCGACGCGCCGCUGGUGAUCACCGGAGCCAAGAACUACUCGGCCAGCAACAUGGCGGAGUACCUUGCGGCGGUCGGUCUCUCCGAGGAACAGGUGGCGCUCUACCGAACAAGGGCGCUGCCGGUGACGCUCGACAUUAGGGCGCCGCUCGUGCCGAUGACGUCCAUCAAUGGCGUUGGUGUGCCCACGAUAGAUAAGCUGGUGUUCUGGGACGGUAACUUCAGCGCAAAGCCUCAACUGGUGAACGGGGAUGGCGAUGGGCAGAUCAACUUGCAGACAGUGUUGGCGUUGGAAAGUUUGAUCAGAGCCCACCCGGAUCAGGGUUACUUCAAGUCAAUUUUGAUCCCCAACACAACGCACAAGGGUAUGAUCUCGGAUGAAUUUGCGCUCAAGCGCGUGGUCAGCGAAAUUCUUGAGCAAAUUAAGCCACCUCAUGAUACGGGGACAUUAAUAAAUUAAUGUUACGUGCUGCUGGGACAGGAAUUAUCUAUCACUAAGGAUAGAGUUAUAUAUAUUGUAUUGUGUUGACCUUCAUUAUUGCAGCUACUUGAUAACCUUUAAAA